AUGGGCGUGUUAGCGAGCAUUGACGACAUUGCAUUCCAUUCAAACAUACCCGUGGCAGCAGAUAUAACAGUAGCCAUAGUGUAUGCAGUGUUUGGCAUGUGCUCUCUGUUUAGCAACAGCACACUGCUAUACAUCUCCUACAAGAAGAAGCACCUGCUCAAACCUGCUGAGUUCUUCAUAAUCAACCUGGCCAUCAGCGACAUGAGUCUAACCCUGUCCCUCUACCCCAUGGCCAUCACCUCCAGCAUCUACCAUAGGUGGCUGUUUGGGAAAACAGUGUGUUUGAUCUAUGCGUUCUGCGGCAUGUUGUUUGGAGUCUGCAGUCUGACAACUCUCACCCUGUUGAGCAUGGUGUGUUAUGUGAAGGUAUGUUAUCCUCUCUACGGUAACCGGUUCAACGCCGCCCACGGCCGUCUACUGAUAGCCUGUGCAUGGGCUUGGGCCCUGGUGUUCGCCUGCUCCCCUCUGGCCCACUGGGGUGAGUAUGGUCUGGAGCCCUACGGCACAGCCUGCUGCAUCGACUGGCGCCUGUCCAACCUGCAUCCCGUGGCCCGCUCCUACACGGCGGUGCUCUUUGUCUUGUGCUACAUCGUGCCCUGCUGUGUCAUCGUGGCGUCCUACACGGGCAUCUUGAUGACGGUCCGAGCCUCCCAUAAGGCCAUGGAGCAUCACGAGGCCCGGCAGACCAAGAUGAGCAACAUCCAGGAUGUUAUUGUGAAGGUGAGCAUGGUUUGUGUCGCUGUCUGUAUCGGUUUCUUCGCAGCGUGGAGCCCUUAUGCCGUGGUGUCGAUGUGGGCAGCGUUCGGACACAUGGAUAACAUCCCACCUUUGGCGUUCGCCGUGCCUGCCAUGUUUGCUAAGUCCUCCACCAUCUACAACCCCAUUAUCUACCUGCUGCUCAGGCCUAACUUCCGCAGGGUGAUGUACCGAGACCUGGUGAGCCUUUGCAGGGCCUUUCUGAAGGGCUGCCUGUGUUCCUGCUCCCGGGGCGCUGUGGGGAAGUGCCACUCCCACUUGGUGGUCCGGGUCAGCCUCCAAUCGUUCUGUAGACGUCCAGGCCACGGCCAGUCCUGUUCCCCCACCUCGUCCGCCCGCCAAGCCCUGGGCGGGUCCAGAGGUUGCACUAGCGCCUGCGAGAAGUGCAGCGAUGCCUUCGAGUGCUUCAGACACUACCCAAGAGGUUGCCAUGGCGGUACCAACAUCCCCAGCUCCUCAGCCAAAGUUUACACACCUCAGGAUCAGCUCUCAACAGAGCCCCAGCUGCAGUCGAUGACGCAGAAAAAGCAGGAAGCGUGUCAUAAGAAGUCCCUGCGAGCCACCAAGCACAACAAAAGGACCUCAGAAAUCGACAACCUUCAGAUCAACUUUGAGAUGGUGCCGGAACACGCUAAAGUGGCCUGGCCCUAA